GUGGGCUGCAGAAAGACCGGGAGGACGUUAGCGAGGAGGGAGGAGGCGGAGAAACGACGCUGACGACGCCGAAGCGAGACAACUAAGAGGCGGCGGAGGAGACAGCGGAGGGGAGCGCGACCGAGCGAUGGCGUCGACGGAUUAUAGCACCUACAGUCAAGCAGCUGCCCAACAGGGCUAUGCAGCAUAUGCAGCUCAGCCAGCUCAAGGAUAUGCACAGACUACCCAGGCCUACGGACAGCAAAGCUAUGGCACGUAUGGACAGCCCACUGAUGCCAGCUAUACCCAGCCUCAGACCACAGCUACUUACGGGCAAACUGCAUAUGCCAGUUCUUACGGGCAGCCUCCAACCGUAGAAGGGACCAGUACAGGUUAUGCCACCCCAGCUGCCCCUCAGGCUUAUAGCCAGCCCGUCCAAGGGUACGGCACUGCUGCGUAUGACACCACGACUGCCACAGUCACCACCACGCAGGCUUCUUAUGCCGCCCCGUCUGCUUACGGCACCCAGCCUGCCUAUCCUACCUAUGGACAGCAGCCAGCAAGCACCACACCUGCGAGACCCCAGGAUGGCACCAAGCCUUCAGAGACCAGCCAAACUCAGUCUACUUCAACAGGCUACAGUCAACCAAGCCUAGGAUAUGGUCAGAGUAACUACAGUUACCAGGUUCCUGGAAGUUACGCAAUGCAGCCAGUGACUGCGCCUCCAUCCUAUCCACCAACCAGCUACUCUUCUUCUCAACCGAGUAGUUAUGAUCAGAGCACUUACUCCCAGCAGAGCAACUAUGGGCAGCAGAGUAGCUACGGGCAACAGAGUAGCUACGGGCAACAAAGCUAUGGGCAGCAGCCCCCCACCAGCUACCCACCUCCCACUGGAUCCUACAGCCAGGCACCAAGCCAGUACAGCCAGCAGAGCAGCAGCUAUGGGCAGCCAAGUUCAUUCCGUCAAGACCAUCCCAGCAGCAUGGGUGUGUAUGGCCAGGACUCUGGAGGCUUUUCUGGCCCAGGAGAAAGCCGGAGCUUAAGCAGCCCUGAAAACAGGGGCAGGGGAAGAGGGGGAUUUGAUCGUGGAGGCGUGAGCAGAGGUGGGCGGGGAGGAGGAGGCCGCGGCGGAAUGGGCAGCGCUGGAGAGCGAGGUGGCUUCAGUAAGCCUGGUGGACACAUGGAUGAAGUGCCAGAUCUCGAUUUAGGCCCACCUGUAGACCUGGAUGAUGAGCUUGAUAACAGUUCCGUGUACGUGCAGGGUCUGACCGACAAUGUGACUCUAGAGGAGUUGACUGAAUUCUUCAAACAGUGUGGCAUUGUUAAGAUGAAUAAAAGAACUGGACAACCCAUGAUAACCAUCUACCUUGACAAAGACACUGGGAAGCCAAAAGGAGAUGCGACUGUGUGCUAUGACGAUCCACCCACUGCCAAAGCAGCCAUAGAAUGGUUGGAUGGGAAGGAGUUUCAAGGCAGCAAACUCAAGGUCUCCAUGAACCGGAAGAAACUGCCUCUGAACAGCCUGCGAGGAGGCAUCCUGCCACGGGAGCCUCGUGGCAUGCCCCCACCUCUCCGUGGAGGCCCGGGAGGGCCAGGUGGCCCUGGCGGUCCGAUGGGUCGUAUGGGCAGCCGAGGUGGUGACCGGGGCGGUGGCUUUGCCCCGAGAGGGCCCCGAGGAUCCCGAGGAAACCCUUCUGGUGGAGGAAAUGUCCAGCACCGAGCUGGAGAUUGGCAGUGCCCCAACCCGGGCUGUGGAAACCAGAACUUCGCUUGGAGAACAGAAUGCAACCAGUGCAAGGCCCCAAAGCCCGAAGGCUUCCUUCCACCGCCCUUCCCUCCACCAGGUCCUGGAUUCUUGCUUGGAAAACCGCUGCCACUUAGAGGGCUCAUAUACGGGACAAAUAGUGGUGGUGACCGCGGCAGGGGUGGCCCCAGCGGCAUGAGAGGAGGCCGAGGAGGGCUCAUGGACCGUGGCGGCCCCGGAGGGAUGUUUCGUGGCGGCCGUGGCGGAGACAGAGGUGGAUUCCGAGGAGGCCGUGGCAUGGAUCGUGGGGGCUUCGGAGGGGGCCGGCGAGGAGGCCCUGGGGGGCCCCCUGGACCUCUUAUGGAGCAGCUAGGAGGCCGAGGCAGCAGGCGUGGAGGACCAGGAAAGAUGGACAAGGGGGAGCACCGUCAGGACCGCAGAGACCGGCCCUAUUAGCGGCCAGCGACUCCCCUUUUUUUUCCUGCUGGAUUGCAUUUACUACCAGAUUUAUUUUUUAAACCAGAAAAUGUUUUAAAUUUAUAAUUCCAUAUUUAUAAUGUUGGCCCACAACAUUAUGAUGAUUCCUUGUCUGUACUUAGUAUUUUUCACCAUUUGUGGAGAAACAUUAAAACAAAAGUUAAAUGGUAGCGUGCCGAGUUAUUCUUUAUUCUUUUUCUUUCUUUCUUUCUUUCUUCCUUCCUUCCUUCUUUUCUUUUUCUUUUUUUAAAAAUAUGGUUGUUUUAACUAAAAACUCGUUUGGAAAAACAAAAAAGCAGCUUUGUUGUGAGCAUGCCCAGUAAAAUGUGUGUGUUGGAAGUCAGGAGGAUGGAAACUCAAUGUAACAAUGUUCAUGAUUGUGAUGUUUUUUUUAAUUAAAUAAACUUCCGAAUGUUUAUAAAUGCAA